AUGACAGCCGAUCUUCCGUAUCAUAUGCUCCUUCCCUCAGCACACGCUGUCCUCCCAGCAGGCUUUUCGCGUGAUCCGUUCAGUGACAGCAUUCUUGACACCGACGCUGCGGAACUGGCUGUGCCGGCCACUUGUCCGUUUAUCGCCACCGACCCCGCCUUCCUUGAAGUUCUUGGUCCGAAGCCCGUUGUCAGAGUCCUUGCUUCGGGUGUUCCGGGGUUUGCUCACGAAGCGGGAGUGUAUGUCCCCAGCACGUCUGGAGGUGAGGUGUGGUUCACCAGCAACCUGAUCACCACCGAGUAUGGCGACGACCGUGCUGCAUCUGUCGCCUCCCCCCAACUCAAAGCGCGCGUCAACGUUCAGACUGUCGAUCUCACCACGGGUAUCGUACGCGCUGUCCCCACAGCCAUUCGAACUGGCAAUGGAGCAUGUCCCUAUGGCAGCAAGUUGCUCUUCUGUGACCAGGGCGAUGAUUUCACCCCUUCCGCCCUCACCAUCCUUGACCCAGUCACUCACGCCGUGACCCCAAUCCUCAACAACUUCCAUGGACGCCAGUUCAACAGCCUAAACGAUGUUAUUGUGCUCCCGCCACCACCGGCCGCCGCACAGGACUUGAAUGGACGUGCACCGGCCACCGGCCCCACUGUAUGGUUCACCGAUCCGACAUAUGGACAUGAGCAGCAAUUCCGCCCAGUGCCGCAGUUACCACCGCAAGUGUACAUGUUUGACCCUAAGAGUGGUGCUGUGCGCGUGGUCGCAGACGGGUUUGACCACCCCAACGGUAUCUGUUUCUCGCCCGACAACGGUACAUGCUAUGUGACAGACACUGGCCACAUCCAUGGUUCCGGACGGCUUGACGCAACACGCCCCAGCACAGUAUAUGCGUUUGACGUCGUAUGGCGGGCCGGCGCACCAUCGCUACACAACCGCAGGGUGUUUGCAAUGGCCGACUGUGGAGUGCCAGAUGGCAUCAAAUGUGACACGUUCGGAAACGUGUACUCGGGCUGUGGGGAUGGCAUCCACGUAUGGAACACUGCCGGCCAGCUCAUAGGCAAGAUUGUCCUCGGACGCGCCGACAACAACCCUGGCGCCGGCUGCGCAAACUUUUGCUUCGUUCCCGGUGGCAAGAUUGUGGCGUUCGCGGAAGACAGAAUCUAUAUUGUCGAAGGGCUUGCAGUUGAUGGGACGUCUGUGGCCGGCAUACCAAUGGGAGAGGCAGAUUGCAACAAGCCGGUCGCUCUGUCGGCCAGGGUGUCGGAAUACCUGUCUGUUGCCAUGGACAGACGUUCUGGCCAGCGCAUGUCAAGUGAGUUGCACUGCAAUGGGUUUGAGGCUUCGUCUUGA